AUGGCUGAAAUUCCUACAAUCCGCAUUGGCUAUGUGCCAGAGCACUACUUAACCCCCCUCCAUCUCGCCCUCCGUUCCCCAGCCAUUUCCUCCCUCCCAUUCAAACUCGCCCUAACCCCCUUCCCAUCCGGCACGGGCCACAUGAUCACAUCCCUCCGCAGCAACGAAAUCGACCUCGCAAUCGGUCUGACAGAAGGAUGGGUCGCCGGCUUAGCCGGAAAGCAAGCAAGCCAGACCUCCGGAGGAUACAAAGUCAUCGGCCACUGGGUGGACAAUCCUCUCCGCUGGGCGAUAGUCACAGGCCGCAACCGGGGUGAAAUAAACGGUGUAUCAGAUCUGAAAGACAAAAGGGUCGGCGUCAGCCGGCUGGGAAGCGGCUCUCAUAUUAUGUCCUUCGUUCUUGCGCAACAACAAGGCUGGAAAGCCGACUCUUUGACAACAGUCCCUCUAGGACCUUUCGGCCCUUUACGGGACGGUGUAUCCGGUCUCGACGAGUCAAAGCCUGAGCAGCCGGCGACCCCGUCGGCUGAGUUCUUCAUGUGGGAGGAAUUCACAACGAAGCCGUAUUUCCAUGCUACAUCUGAGAAACCGAAUCCGCCACUUAAGAAGAUCGGCGAGAUCUUUACGCCGUGGCCUUCGUGGAUGAUUGUUGCUUCUACAGCUGUGUUCCCUGAUCCCGAGCAAGAUCAGAGAUUGGAAAGUCUUUUCAAGGCGUUUGAUCAAGGAAUCAGGGAUUUUGAGUCUGAUACGGAGCGCGUUGUAAGACUUUUGGGGACUGGUGAGCUUGGGUGCAAUUAUAUUGAGGAGGAUGCGAAGGAGUGGCUCAAGGAUGUUAAGUUCACUAAUGCUACUCGCGGUGUUGAUGGUAAGAUUAUUGGUGGUGUUGUUGAUGUGCUUAAGGUCGCUGGUGUUAUUGACGAGGCUAUGGGUAAUGAUGAGGCUAUUCAGCGGGUUAUCGGGAUUAAGAGGUAG